UAACAAGAUGGAGUUCGCCCACCGCUGCUUCGCGAUGCUAGCCCGAUGGCUCUGCCCGGGGGCCGACGACGAUCACGCCGCCAUAGCCCGGAGGCUCGGCAUGCUGCCCGAGCUCGAUCACGACGACACCCUACCCCUAUGGGCCGAGGCGCAGAAGGCCAUGAAAGCCCGGGCCGAGGCCCGCAACAGCCUGGAGCCGUUCGCGCUCCGCCUGAACAAGCGCCUCGCUGACCACGCCGGCAGGAGCGGCAACCUGCUCUUCUCGCCGCUGUCGGUCUACGUGGCGUUCUCAAUGGCGGCCGCCGGCGCGCGCGAGCAGACCCUCGGCGAGCUGCUCGACGCCCUCGGCGCGCCCUCGCAGCACGACCUCACCUGGUACGCCUGCACUCUGGCCGAGCAGGCCCUCGCCGACCAGUCCCGGACGGGCGGCCCGUGCGUCAGCUUCGCGUGCGGCGUGUGGCACCACACCACCAUGCGCCUCCGCCGACGCUACCGCGUCGCCACCGUGUGGGACUACAAGGCCGUCACCCGCGCCGUGAACUUCCACCAAGAGCCAAAGGAGUCAAUGGAGCAGAUCAACGCUUGGGUGGUGGCGUUGACGAACGGCCUCAUCCCCUCCAUCGUCGACGGAGAGGCGCCGUCCCACCCCACCGACCUGGUGCUCGUCAACGCCAUGUAUUUCAAGGGACAGUGGAACAAGACAUUCUUCGAUAAGGCACGCCAUCUGUUUCACCGCCUCGACCGCACCGCCGUCGACGCGCCCUUCAUGCGCGGCUUCGGCGCACAAAGAAUCGCGUGCCAUGACGGCUUCAAGGUGCUCCAGCUGCGUUACAAGCAAGGCACCAAGCACCGGCUUCAAGGAGGCUGCCCCUUGCCCGCCCUGCUGCAGCCGCCGGCACCGAUCUACUCCAUGUGCGUCUUCCUUCCUGACGCGCCGGACGGGCUGUGGCGGCUCAUCGACAUGAUCGUUCGCGACCCUGAAUUUCUGCGCAAGCACCUGCCCAGGAGCGACGUCGAGGUCGGCGAGUUCCGGCUGCCUAAACUCAAGGUCAGCUUCGGCAUGACGAUGAACGGCAUACUCAGGGGCAUGGGGCUCAAGGAGGCUUUUGAGCCGGGAAAGGCCGAUUUGUCCGACAUGACGGAGGACGGCGCAAGAGAAAGCAGGAGGCUGGAGCAGGUGGUCCACAGGGCCAUCAUUGAGGUGAACGAGGAAGGCACCGAGGCCACGGCUGCCACCAUGGUGGACACUUGCUUGUGUACUAGUCAAGAAGCAGCUCCACCACCACCUCCGCCACCGCUGCGUGCGGACUUCGUCGCUGACCAUCCUUUUGCCUUCUUUGUCAUCGAGGAGGUGUCUGGUGCGAUCCUGUUUGCGGGUCAUGUUCUUGACCCCACGAUCAAAUGACGCGCGCGGGGGGAGGACAGAACGUGCAUGCAUAUGCUUGGAUUCAUGUAUGCACCUAGUGGCGAGCUUUAUUUCCGUUUCUUUUGAUCACGUAAGUCAUAGUUCUAAUGAGGUGGCUCAUUUGCGUAUGUUGGUUCACUAGAGUCUAGAGAUAUAGUGAGUUCAGUUCUGAGACUCAUUUAGACUGAGAAAAACACUAGUUCUAAAAUGUUGACAGAUAGAGAGUUCAGAUAUUCAUUUAGACUUAGAGAAACACUAGUGCUAAAUUGUUCAGAGAUUCAUUUAAGCUUAGACAAAGCACUAGUUCUAAAAUGUUCGGAGAUAGAGAGUUCAGAUAUUCAUUGUUGCUGUCGAAUAUGCUAAAAUAAAUUCAGUUUUUGCGUAUGCAUUUUUUUUUUGUUUUCACAGUUUUCUCCUACACAGUUUUUGUCAAGAGAUUCACACAUUAGAUUGGGAUCAAAGAGAUGAUUCACAAGUACUAGUUUGAGUUCAGAGUUUUUACAAGAUUUUUUUUUUCAAGAGUUGAGAGUAGACUCGUGA